AUGCAAGGCAUGCUCUGCGACCCACGGCACGGCGGCUGCGCCAACAUCCGGCCUCGGAACUGCUUCUUGGCCACCCCAAAGAGCUCACCCAACCCAAAGGCCGUCUGCAUCUACUGCACGACGAGUGACCCGGAUCUGAACUCUGACAAUGGCAAUGGCGCCGAAGACGACGAUAAUCGCGAAGGCGGACAGCUACCGACGGACGUAUAUGACACCCCGGACGGGCAGGACCUGUGCUUCUGCCGCAGCGCCGAACAUGACGAGACGCACGCUGAUCGGGCGAUGGCGUCGCGCAACUUCCGCCUGCGCGAGCCUGCAGUCGCGAACAGCCACGGGUCUGAGCACUUUCGCGCCCGCAGGAUCGCGAGCUGUGACGAGUGCUAUGAGAAGGAAGUCGAUCAAAAGCUCUCCACAUGCUCCUCCAUCUUUGCCCCCAUACUUUUGUCGCCGCAUCAUGCUUCCAGCAAGCCUCACAAUGCUGCCAUUGGCGUUGGCUGCGCGCCCAUCCGUGUCGCGUCCUGCGCCCGCGAGUACGAGGCCAGCAGCACCGAGGGGCUCUCCUUGUCGUCGUCUUAUGACGAGUACACGAUCUUGCUGAUCGGCAGGUCCGUCGACACGCCGCCGGGCUGGUCAAGUCACGGUAAUUGUGUUAGCCGCCUUGUUGUUCCGCAGGGCGACGACGGGAGUGUCGUGAAUAAGCCUGGUUCCCUGGACGGCCUUUACCUUGACUACUAUAGCGUCCAUAAUAACCUUCAUACCGCCGUUAAGGCGGGACCAGGGCUCCCCGCUGUCGACGGCGGCCUAGGAGUUAACGUAGUCGCAGAUGGUCUCGAGCAUGACCUGGACAAAGAGGCUGGUGGAUCUGAACAUACUUAUGUUAGCGUCAGUAGGGGAGGAUCAGGUAUUAAUUCGGCUUACAGAGGCUCUGCUCGAUACCUCGUUGAGUUUCAGUUCACCGUUGAGGUCAGGGACAAGCGCCUCUGA